AUGGCCCACCAAUUGCAUCCAAUAUUCCGGCCACUUGCUCUCCAAACACAGCCACCGCUCCUAGCCCACCCAUCCUGUCCCACAACAACAGCAGACAAUCCAGAAGCCAAUCUGGACCAGCAAGCGCGCCCAGCCCAAUUACUACCAACAAUUCUCCAACCUGGAUGUGCAAUGCCAUUCACAACAGCACAAGAGAGCGCUAAAGGAGAAUCUGUGGAAUUUUAUUUUGCCUUGAUCUACUGGCCCUCGCUGACCCGCACCCACUCCGGCUUCCCUGCUGCUGCUUGCCCCUUGGACUGUCAACUCAGGUCCAUUGACCACGACCCUUGCAAGCUUGCUCAGAUACAUUUCCAACAAUUUCUGCUACCCCCUGCCCAGACCUCCAUCCAACCCCUCCCGCCCGGCCAAUCUGGCCCCAAAAUGCAGUCACCGCAAGCGUCUUUCAAUGUUGAUCCUGUUAGCUAG